UAAACAAAUGUAAAAUGGCAGAGGACUUGCCAGACGAAUUCGAUGUCGUGGUUAUUGGGACAGGAAUGCCAGAAAGCAUUUUGGCGGCAGCAUUUGCAAGAAUUGGUCAGAGUGUUUUACAUAUUGACAGAAACCCUUACUACAGUGGACAGUGGGCUUCGUUUAGCUUGAAGACAAUCGAGGAAUGGGUUCAGGGUUUACAGAAACCUGAAGACAAAGCUGAUAUACCUGAUGUAAAGGCUGAGGAAGUGUUGGUUGAUCUGCAUCUCACAGAUAACAGCUACAGCAAACACAAACUCCUUUUUCAUAUCAGUGAUCCAGUACCAGAAUCUGAAGUUAAAAGAGAACCACAGGAAGAGAUUGCUGAGAAGGUGCAGGAAGUGACCUCUGAUUCAGGUGAAAAUAAGAGUGACAAUGCAGGUAAAGACCUAGUUAGCAGUAAUGAAGUGAAGACAGUAGAGUCUGCUGAACCUACAGGGACACUUGAAGAUUCCAAGGAACAGUUAGCCACAGGAAAUAGCUCUGAAGAUGGAAUACAUAACCCUCAGACUAGCGACAGUAAUAACAGCGAGCAGGAAUGUGAAAAUCAAAACAUUGAGGCAAAUAAGACCGAGACUAUUAAUCCUGGUACAAACAGUGAAUCAGAGAACAAAAAUCAAAUGUCAAUUUCAAGUGAGCAAGUUACAGGAUGGACGGAAUCAAAACUGAGGAAGGAAUGGAGAAAGUUUAAUCUUGACUUGUCACCAAAGCUCUUGUACUGUGCAGGGAGUAUGGUUGAAUUGCUUAUUACAUCCGAUAUUGCCAAAUACUGUGAGUUUAAAACAGUUUCCAGAAUACUGACUCUGAUAGAUGGAAAAUUAAAAAGGGUACCGUGCUCUAGAGCCGAUGUAUUCAGCAGUAAGGAUGUGUCCAUGAUAGAAAAAAGAAUGAUGAUGAAGUUUUUGACUUUCUGUGUGAACUAUGAAAAACAGGAGGAGGAUUACAAAGAUUUUAUAGAGAAACCUUACAAGGAGUAUUUAGAACAUCAGAAGCUAUCAAAGAAUGUUAUCCAUUUUAUUCAACAUGCUAUAUCGAUGACAAAUAACUCAACACUCACCCCAGAGGGAUUGAAAAAGACACAGAAGUUUUUACAUUCUUUGGGUCGCUAUGGAAACACAGCUUUCCUGUGGCCUCUAUACGGAAGUGGUGAAAUGCCUCAGAGUUUUUGCAGGAUGUGUGCUGUGUUUGGAGGGGUGUACUGUCUGAGAACGCCAGCUGCUUCACUGAUCGUAAACAGUGAUAACAUUUGUACUGGUGUUGUGAUGACUACAGGGAAACUCAUCAAAUGCAAACACCUGGUGAUGGAGACUUCCUAUGCCCCGGAUUCAUACAUUGACAGAGUAUCCAACAGAUUGGUAAACCGUGGCAUUCUUGUAACUGACAAGGCUAUAAUGUCUACAGAUGACCCACAUCAGUUGUCGUUGUUGAGAAUUCCAGAUGACGGUGAUCCAGAACAUCCAGCCACCCUUCUGGAGUUACCCGGAUCUUCAAUGACAUGUCCGCAUGGCUUGUAUGUUGUUCACUUGACAAAAGAAUGUAAGGAUGAUAAGCAAUCACCAGAGGAGAGUCUUCAGUCUGCCGUAACAGGACUUUUCAAGAGUGAUACCAAAGAUGAUGAGAGACCCCAGAUACUGCUGUCAAUAUAUUUUCAACAGAAGAUAAAUAUUGGAGGGCAGUCCAAGAGUACACCCAGUAAUGUGAUACUGGUACCUGGACCAGGGCCAGAAAUAGACAUUGACCAGGCAGUCACCAUUGCAAGUAGGAUAUUUGAAAGAGUCAUGCCAGGAGAGGAUUUUCUUCCCAGGCCUCCUAAUCCGGAGGACAUCAUAUUUGUGGACGAGGAGGAGACUCAGAUUACUCAAGAUUCAGAAAAAACAGAAUUCAAUGAAACUUCCCAAGACUUUGAAGAUAAUGCCACCAAGAAUGAGAGCCAUGAAAUUGACCAAUCAGAGAAAUGCUCAGACUCUCAGACAACAGAUACCUUAAGUGAAUGUGACCAGAAACAGACAGAUCCUGAUGACCAAGAAUUCAUGGCUAAUGAGAAUUCAGAGUCUGUAAACAAUUGUAAAAGUGAGGAAAAAAAGGACUUGGUUAAUACGAACAGGUGUCUGGAUCCUGUAGUUGCAACAUUAAGAAUACUAAUUAGUGCUGCAAUUUAAGGAAGUUAAAGGGAGUGACAAAGUGAUCCAAGUAUUGCUUUGCAAGUGAAACAAAAUGCGAGUGUGAAAGAAGUUAAAAUGUUUAAGCCUAAAUAAUUACAAAAUGAAUUUGACAUUUACAGUCACAGUUGUUUUGCAGUCAAAAGAUGAUAAAUGUAAGAGCAGGUUUUAUUCAUCCAAAACUGAGAUUGUAUAAAUGUCCUUAAUGUUGCUUUUUAUUUAUUGUUUGCAUAUUAGUACAUGGAAAAGAGAAAAUCCCUGUACCUAAUCCCUGUUAUGUUUUAUAUAUAUUUGUUAUGAACAUUUAUGAUGUGUAUGUUUUCUUGUAUAUUAGAUGUUUUGUUGAUGAAUUAUCACUUGAUUUGUAUCAUGAUACAAUUACAAGCAUUUACAGUGUAUGUAUGUAAUUAUUACUGUGAUGUCUGUGUACCUACAGAUAACAAGUGCAAUAAAAAGUGGUAUUACAUGAUAAA